AUGGCAGGUUCUCAUGAUGAUGAUGAUUCAUCUACCACCUCUGCAACUAUUUCUCAAGAUGAAUCGCAAAAUCCAUCAUCGCCAUAUUACCUUCAUCCUGGCGAAAAUCCGGGCGCUUUUCUUAUAAAUCAAACUUUACAAGGGCCAAAUUAUUACAAUUGGAGCCGUUUGAUGAAACGUGCGUUGGUUUCCAAGAACAAAGCGAAAUUCAUCAACGGCAAGUUACCGAUGCCGGCAGAAAAUGAUGUGUUAUUUGAUGCUUGGGAGCGCUGCAAUAUGAUGGUAAUUUCUUGGAUUACUCGCACUCUUUCUCCUUCUAUUGCUCAAAGUACAAUACACAUUGAGAAUUCAAAAAGUUUAUGGGAUCAUCUAAAGAAUCGUUUUUCUAAAGGAGACCAUUUUCGUUUUUCUGAUCUGCUUCAAGAUUUACACUCUAUUAAACAAGGUGAUAAAUCGGUCUCUGAUUUCUUUACUGCUUGGAGUAUUCUUUGGGAGGAGUUAGAGGUUUUACGACCCAUCACAGAUUGUUCUUGCUCUUCUUCAUCUGAGUGUAGUUUACAAAAAUUAAUGUUAGGUUAUCGAUCCUCUGAAGCCCUCACCUGUUUUUUAAAAGGCCUCAGUGACAAUUAUAAUACGGUAAAAACCCAAAUUUUGAUGAUGGAUCCCCUACCUGAUAUAACCACAGCAUUUUCUUUAAUUUUACAGCAAGAACGACAAAUUUCUGGUCCUUGUGUUGAUGCUAAGGUUUUAAUGAACUCUUCCAUCCAUGGUACUUCUAAUGCUAAUCCGAGAAAUGGUUUAGGUCGUGGUAAAGGUCGCGGAUCUGGUCGGGGCAGAGGUGGAGCUCCUCAACGACAAUGUACUUUUUGCAACAGGCUAGGACACAUUGUUGAUCAUUGUUAA